AGUCAAUAUUUCAUUUCGUCASUUUACUGAACCAAUAAGCUCGUUGUAUACUUCUGCAUUGCAUUACCAGUGACACUCGAAAUCAAAGAUGCUUUGUAUUUAAUAGCGAAGUUAGCGUUACCUCACAUGUUGMGUUACGAGACAUGCUCGAGGCCAUUCUGGUAUUCUUUUGUUGUACUACUUAUAUUUCUUACAUGGAGUAUUGUAGCGUCUUUUCCCCGCGCAGUAGGACAGACUACCGCUGAUAGAAGAUACCAAGAAUGCGGUUAUGUCUCUCUAUUCGGAGACGAUGCAGUUUCCUUCGAGCAAGACGUAAUAGAGCCUUUAUUGUUUCAGUAUUUCUAUUUGUAAGUGGUUUGUCUGUUUGGGGUUAUCAAAGAGGACUACCGUGGAAUAAGGAAGACGACUAUAAACAUCAUUGGCUGCAGCUUAAAGAAUCCGUGGGAAACAAAGACAAUUUAGUCGACUUAGCUGAUGAAACACAACCCUACGAGACUGUGGACGAUGUGACAGAUGAUGGYGAUCGUGGAUUAGAAACACGAACUAAAACAUUAGAACUCAAUACUGAUGAUAGUAAARCCAGGAAAAGCAAAUCUUUGGUAACUAAAUACAUGGCCAAUAUUCCAAGUACGGCCUAUUCUCUUCGUCGUACAAAUAUUUAUCAGAUCUCUAGUGUUACUACAGUAAGGGAUCGUGAACCAUCUACGAGCAGAAUGGUCAGUCAUGAGCCCCAGACAUCGUUGUCUACUACAUCAGUUAGCGAUGCCUUUAGGACAACGAAAAAGAUGAGAAUACCUGAGACAUAUUCUUAUAAGUUUCCUGAAGAAUCACUAAAAGAAACAAGCGAGGAAAAUCAAGUUUCCACUGUAAAAACCGCUACAAAAAUAUCCAAGGCAAAAAACCCUGUAGGAAGAUCCCAGAAGAAGACGCAAGAUGAAAUGUUCAUAAAUGUACCCCCCAAACGAUCAAAUACUUCAAACUGUCCGCAGAAUAUACUUGAUGAAAAUAUAACUUGGAGUUAUGGGAAAUGCGUACCACAUCGAGCGAGUUCUCAGUCAUGUCARAUUGUAAAACAGUUUUAUUCAUUAGAUCCCAGUCUUACCAAGUGUAGAAACGAUUUGCAAAGAAUAAUCUGCAAUGUGAGUAUUGACCCAACAUCCCUUGACAUUCGUGUCCAGUGUAAUAGAUCUGUAUGUAAUGAACACCCUGAYACUAUACUAGUCUUGAGUGCUCAUCCAAAAGAUGGCUUCAUCAAAGUCAACAGAAAAUUCCAAACGGUUGAACAACUCGAGGAGAAUUUACCGGAAGUGAUAAAGAUGAACAUCCAAAAGAACAUUUUCUUUGUAUUUCUUCAAUGUACUUUGAUUGGUAUGAAGAGAAAAGUCUCUCAACUAGUUCCCUUUGAUCCUGUAUUAACAGUGCGAAGGAAUCAUUCCAAGUCACGUGACACCAACAAAAUCAACCUCAACAUUCUGCUCCUUGACUCGGUAUCGCGGGCUCACUUCUAUCGCUCCCUACCAAAGACGAUUCAAGUCUUCAAAUGGUGGAAAACCCAUCCCAGGCAUUCACCUGCUAAGGUCUUUGAUUUUGAAUUGUUUCAAGCUCUUGAGGGACAUACCGCUGAAAACACGCAUGCGCUGUUCAACGGUAAACUUUUACCACCAGACCCAAGGAAACGCAGUGACCAACGACCUGUUAAUCCAGGGAACAUGUUCAGAAAAUUCUCUAGAGCAGGAUAUCAGACAAUGUGGCAGGAAGAUUUGUGCUGGAAGGGGCUUUGGGGACUUAUGGUUGACUUAGGUGUGCGAACAUGGAGGGAACUUACAGUAAAGAUUAAAAACCAUUCCAUUGAUCACAUAGGACUAACUCACUCAAGCUGUGAAAUUCUUGAUUCUCUUGGAGUGAACUCCCCAUUUAUGGGACCUCUAGGGGACCAGAUUUGUUAUAAUGGUCGUUUUCAACAUUCCUAUUUACUGCAGUACACAUURGACACCAUAAAAGCYAUCACAUCAACCCYUACUGCAUUACCUUUACUGUCUUACAUGAGUCUAAGUGUAGGACAUGACCACAUUGGACGUAGAAUCCAGUCACUAGACCCUGCUCUUGUUCAAUUUGUCACUCAACUGUCUAUGAGUGAAGACACUUUGACGGUAAUCUUAUCAGAUCACGGCAAUACUUACACUAGCUAUACUUCAWCYUUAGAGGGGCGAUUUGAAAUGUUUCAUCCUCAUCUUUUUCUCAUCGUCCCAAAUAAAGUAGCUCAACGUUUGGGUGACGAGGCUCUGGAUGCUCUUCGAAUCAACCAGCAUCGAUUGGUCAACAUCAUAGACUURCAUCAUUCAAUAAUGGCUUUGACUAAACCUCUUSAUGGACCUGUUACUCCGACUGGUCUGUUUACMCCCAUAUCAGCACAGCGCACUUGUCAGGACWUUGAACUUCGCUUGCCUAACCUGUGUGUGUGUAAAGGGUGGAGUACGCCUGCUUUUAAUAAUUCUUUGAGAAUAGCAUUUGUAGAGUUCGCAAUAGGACAGCUCAAUAAUAAGAUAGAAGAGAAAAGAACAGAUCACGAAGAKAAUGAACGCCGUUGUGUUCGACUUAUUCCAACUCGUUAUGGUAACGUGAGGGAGCGACAGGACACGGCACGGAACUCAUUGAUAACAUCCAUGGAUAUAUUCAUCCCAGCUGGUGAUGUAGUGGACCAAAAUGAAGACGUUUUUCAUGUCGAAGUUGAAUCAUACGGGUUACUAAGGCAACGGUCAUUGGAAAUGAAACUGAUUAACUUUGAUCGUAUGACAACAUACGGGAAAUAUGCUGCGUGCGCAGAUCAGAGAGUUCCAUUAAAACUGUGCAUCUGUUCACAAAACAAGAAACCAAGUAAAGUCUACCCUCGACUCACUCUACAUCAGGAUACACCAUUCCUAGGACAAAAACCGAURGUUAAAAGGAUUGACAAGUGUGUUUUCUUCUUUAUCAGACAGCACUUUAAAACCCAGUCAACUUCUAGUGAUCCACAAAGCUUUGGCUUUGAACUCACAAACACGUGCUUUGACGUGGCGUUUAACAUGUCGGUACACUCUUCGACUAUAAAUAUCAAUCUGUCACGUGACUGCCCCUUCCAGCUGCUACUUUUUCCAGCCAAAACUGUGUUUUUCCUUUCGGCCAUGAAGGAAAAUGUUCACUUGGAAAGUAGAAUAGGGGUGAAUGUGAAGAUCGAAUCGAGACUGAUAGUCCACUCAAAUAGAACAUCCACUUUCUCCUGAGAUUGAUUACGGCCUAUCAUACAAAACUGACAGUGUAUGUAAAGCAUAAGGUCUGUUAAGGUCUGGAUGUCCCCCCCUCUAAUUUCAAGCAGAAAAACUGCUACAAGAGUGUAACUAUUACAACUCCAUUCCCACCUCUCCCCCAGGAAAUCACGUCAAAAGAAUAUAUUGAACGCACCAUAAGCGUGUAAGAAAAAUGAUCUAAUGGAUCAUUAARAAAACUAACUUUAUAAACUUGUAGAAAAAUUAGAAAACUAAACUACAACAAAAGUGAACGCAUAAUCCGGGUGAGUGGUAACAGAUCGGCUUUGCACCGCGCGCUUGUUUUUUAAAAGUACAAUAUAAAUCAUGAAUAUUAAAACAGGCUCAAAUA